UUGUUCUGAGCAAUGACGUAGUAGAAGGACUCUUCCAAGUUGGCGCUAAUGAAAACUGCAACCCUAAAAAUAUAGUAAUAUUUUUCCACGAGGCGAAGAAUCUCUUUCAAACGGAACAUUUUAAUAAAACGUGUCUGUUGAAAAGUUAUGGAAAAUAAUGAUUCAUAAUGUGAGAGAGAGAGUACUAAAAAAUUAUUAGAUUGUAGUAUGCACUUCAAAUAUGGAUUUCACCAUUAUUAUUUAUUAAAAACAGGGUUUCUUACGUAGUACCUCUUACAUUUAGAAUGUUGACAAUAAGGAAGGGACCCAUAAUAGUUAGAACUCACUGUAAGGGGUGAUGGGUUGCGGUGGUAGCCGAGCAAGUCGCCUGGUCUCCCCGCUAAGUAAAGCUGUGAUUACAUGGAAUGGAACAACGCAACAACCAACUGCUCUCCAACUUAAAGAAAGGUUACGCCUUCUUGGUACAAAAGAUGCCUCAGUUCAGGUGGGGCAGGCACCUGCACUUUCGGACAAGAUUACGCAAACUGACGCAGUACACUUCACUGAAGAAGAUUUAGAAACGUUGCUAGAAGAUGAUGCGGAAGAACCUGAAAUUACUGAUGUCGAAACUCAAACCAAUCCUGCUUUUCAUCCUUUGGGAGGCGACAAUGUCAAGAGUGUUUUGAUGCAGACCGACAACGAGAAAAGUGGAAGUGUGAAAUUCUACCAGAAGCGUCAGAUUUUAGAUACCCAAGAAAUCAAUAUAAUUACCAUUGAUAUCGGAGUUCAAGCAGUUAAACCACUUAGUGACCACUGCACUCAGACGUAUCGCAUUUCUCUUAUGGAGUUUGAAAGCGCGGGUUGGAGAUUAGACUACACCUCAAAAUUUGGAAAAAAAUUAGGUAUUGUUGCGAAUCAGCGUUUAUCAAAAAUGUCUGAUUUUGAAUCACAAACGGAUCCUGUUACGAGAGCCCUGGCAGCCAACGCUGCGGGAAUCGAACCCAAUGUUUUCUCAUCAAUGGAUAGUAUAUCACCUAUAGCUCAUAUACACAAAGAGCUUGGAACCUUCAAAACAUCCCAAGUGUCAAAAUCAGCCAUUCACGAAAGUAUUGCUCGACUUUUAGAGGAUGUUGAAGAUUCUAUGCGAAGUGAUUCAGAGUUUGAGGGUCGAUUUCUAGGAUAUGGUGAGCCUUUAGUGAUUAAAUGUGAUACAGGAAUUCAAACAGAUAAUGAUCCGAUUACAGACGAAGCACCAGAAUUUGCUGCUAGACCACCUCCUUGCAAGAAAAAAGAAAUGAUUCCGUGUAUGUCUGUUUUCAAAGAUGUUGAUGAACGGGCGAUAGAAACACCUGAUGCAGCAACUGUGAAUGUUCGACGACUUGUCAAAUAUCUAACAGCAGACUGUGAAAAUGAUAUUUAUGUGGUGAGGUCUUUUUUUCGAUGGAUUUCAGAAAAUAUCACAUAUGAUUGGAGGUAUAUGGAUAUUAAACUAUCUGCAGAAGAGGUUCUUCAAAGACGAGAAGGUGUUUGUAAAGAUUACUGCAAGCUUUUUUCAGAAAUGUGUAGGGUAGCAAGCAUAAGGGUGAAAACAUUGAAUGGAUUCGCUAAGGGUUAUGAUUAUAGACCGGGCCAUCAGUUCGUUCCUGGUGAGGAUGUCACCCAUGCCUGGAAUGCUGUUUUUUUACUUGGAGCUUGGCGUUUUAUCGACACUACUUGGGGAACUGGUUUUACAGAUCAUACCGGAAAAUUUCAGCAGAAAUUAAACGAACAUUUCUUCCUAACGGACCCAGAGAUAAUGAUUUGGACGCAUUAUCCGUAUGAUGAAAUGGAAAAUAACUAUAGCAGCAUUUUAUUAUUUGACAGGUGGCAGCUUCUUGAUGUAAUCGUAAGCUUGGAUGAAUUUAACGCUUUACCUAAAGUGUCUCCUUACUUCUUUGAUUACAACAUGAAAAUAAGAUCUCGGCCACAAAAUCCUGUUAUUUUUAAAGUUCACAAAGAAGUUAAAAUUGCAGCUCAUGAACCAAUGAGAUGGAAGUACAAACUAUAUCCAGCGGAUGAAAUUGAAAAUGCUUCGCUUAAUAAUUACGUUUUUUGCCAACUCAAAGAAGACAGACUGGUUGGAUCUUUUGCUGUUACACCUCCUGUUGAAGGACGUUACUAUUUCAAAGUUUACGCCAAACCCGAAAGGGAAAUGAAAGAAGAAACAAACCUGCACAAUGUAGUUAUAUUUUUAUUGGACUGUUUAGUAGCGAAAAAAUAUAUUCAGCCUUUUCCACACAAUGAAAUGCCUUGGGGACCAACUCAAUGUUUCUAUGAUUAUCGUAUGAAAAUGAUAAACCAAAGUGGACCUAUGAUUGUUACUUGGGGUGGGAAAAGAAAACUUAUUCUUGAGGUAAAAGAUGUGAUGCUCAUUACUUACCAAUUAUUGGAUGUCGAAAGCAUAGAAAUGGACUCCAAAGAUAUCAUUCGCCGAGAAGACAAAGAAAAUCGCGUUAGUUUUACAUUUACACCACUUCGUGUAGGUAUGUACAAGUUCCUCAUAUUUGGAAUGCCGAAACCAAAACAAAAAGGUAAAUGGCGUUUACCUCUCUUAGCAUCAUACCUCAUUGAUUGUAAAUUCACUCGACAAAUUUAUGAUGAAGAUUUUCCCCCACCACAAGUUAAAAUACCAGAAAAAGAAGAACCACCAGAACCAGAGAAAAAGGACAAAAGAAAAAUUAAAAUUGCUUUUCUCCGGUGAAAUCAUUUUGUAUAAUAGCAACGAUUAUUUUAUUAUUAUAAACUGGACUGUGCAAUGUAAUGCAUAAUAGAAUCUGUUGGUAAGAAGAGCCUUUCAAAACUUCCGAAAUAAAUGAAUUUUUUCUUUGUGAAAAAAUUUCAUUGCUUUUGAA